AUGUCUCACGAAGGUUUCCAGAUCCCAACCAACUUGGACGCUGCUGCUGCUGGUGCAGCCCAGAGCAGAACUGCCACUUUGAAGUACAUUUGUGCAGAAUGCUCGAGCAGACUUUCGCUUUCGAGAACAGACCCAGUCCGUUGUAAGAACUGUGGUCACCGUAUCUUGCUAAAGGCACGUACCAAGAGAAUGGUGCAGUUUGAAGCCAGGUAA